AUGUCGAAGGAGAUAAGCAUUUUUCUUUGUAAUGUUCAGUUUACAAAAGAUGCUGGUGCCUUUUGUGUGACAGGAGUUAAACUUGACAAUGCAAAAACUAUAACAACGUUUGAUCCAAAUGAGAAAACCUACAACAUUAAUGGAAAGGAUGUGCAAGGACACUUCAUGGUGGAUUACACUGCUGCUCAGAUUGACCACAAUGUGUCGAUGAAUCAGGCCAUUUUUUCGCGUCCAAGUUUCUACGACGGCUUAUCUCCCGUACUCAAUGUUGAUGGUAUUCUAAGUAGCAAAACUCCACCAAGGGUUUGGUUGAAUUUUCAGUAUCAAGCAUUUUAUGACCAACACGACGUAAAGCUAGUUGAUAAAGUACUAGAAAUGUUGAGACUUUAUACUAUAGACUUUAUUUCAUCUCCAGAGAUCGGUUUCUUAACAAGUGUCAAUGAGAAAGUUAGGAAGAAAACAAAGUUCAUCUUUCAAUUUCUUAACGCAAGUGAUGUCGAACCAACAACAAUGCAACCGUAUGGCACCAUUGUGAAAGAUCUUGCGGCAAUCAAGUCAUAUGCAUCUGGCAUAAUAGUGCCGAAAGAAUACAUAUGGCCAGUUAAACCAAACAAUUACUUGGGGCCUCUCACAACCCUAGUAUCUGAUGCACAUAAACAAGGACUGGAAGUGUAUGCUUCUGGUUUUGCGAAUGAUUUCUUUUCAAGCUAUGAUUAUAACUAUGAUCCUACUGCUGAGUACCUACAAUUUAUAGUGAAAGACGAAUGUGUUGAUGGUCUUGUUACUGAUUUUCCUUCAACAUUUCUGAAUUUCAUGUGUUUGAUAGUGGCAUUGGCAACAGCAGCAAAAGCAAAAUUACUUCUUCGUGAGCUAAAAACCGUUAAAGCGGAUUUAGCAUUUGCUAAAGCGCGUUGUGCUCAACUUGAAGAAGAAAAUAAAUUACUCAGGGAACGAGAAGGAAGCGAUAAGGGACUUAUCCGUGAUGAUGAUGAUCUGGGGAAGGUCACUGUGCAUACUUUUGCUAGCAUUUCUUCUUCGAAUGGUAAUCAAUCUCAAGCAACUUCUGCAAGAACUGCCUCUCAAUCUACUGUCACAGUAGACAUACCUUCAACCAAAGUAGAAGCAGCAGCCUCGGCCCCAGACAUUAAUGUUAAAGAAGAAGUGGAAGUAAAGAAUGAACCAAAAAAAUCCGCUUUUGUAGAUGUGUCUCCAGAAGAAACUGUGCAGAAGAAUGCUUUUGAAAGAUUUAAAGAUGUUGAUGAAUCAAGUUCAUUCAAGGAAGCCCGUGCUCUAGCUGAAGCUUCUCAAAAUGGAGCUCCUUUUAACCAAGAUUAUUAUUUUAAUACAUUUUUUUAG